GUAAGGCGUUUUCUUUCACCCUUAUAAACAAAGAGAGAAGUAAAAAAAACUCGUCUGAGAAGUUUUCUUCACUUGAAAUUGGUCUGUCGAUCGGAGCUCUGAUCAUGCCUCAGGGAACGCUCGAGGUUACUCUCGUCAACGCCAAAGGCCUUGAGAACACCGAUUUUCUGUCAAAUAUGGACCCUUAUGCAAUCCUGACCUGCCGGACACAAGAGAAGAAAAGCAGCGUUGCAUCAGGUAAAGGAUCUGAUCCUGAAUGGAACGAGACUUUCAUGUUCAACGUUUCCGAAGGAGUUACAGAGCUCCAUAUCAAAUUAAUGGACAGUGAUAAUCUCUCCAAUGAUGAUUUUGUUGGAGAAGCAAAAAUCUCUUUAGAGCCUGUGUUUUGUGAAAGGAGCAUUCCACAACAAGCGUACAAUGUUGUUAAAGAUGGUAGUUUUUGCGGGGAGAUCCGAGUUGCCCUCACUUUUAAUCCAGAGAUGUGUAGGGAAUAUGAAGCAGAGGAGAGCUAUGGUGGUUGGAAAGAAUCUUCCAGAGACUACUGAUACUGUGCUCAGAUCAUUUUUAUUUAUACUCCGUGUUACUCAUUCGGUUUAACAAUUGCGGGGUAGUAAUAAACUUGAAAAGUUUCUUUGCCAAAUGACUGAUAUUUGCUUCUAAUUGAUGAGCUUUUGAAAAGGUGUUGGAGAUUUAUGUUACCUACUCCUUAGACUCAAACAUGAAAAGUUGAAUGAAAGAUGAUAGGGGUACACAAAAUGUUUACACCAGUAUUUUGUUACCAUACAUUUUUUAUUUACUCGAUAUUUUUUUUCUUUAUUCUUUUACAUGCAUAAUAAGUGUGGUAUUGGAGCACUUGGGGUGCACUC